AUGGCUAACGGCAAGGAAGACUCCUGUGUCGAUGUCCAACAUAAGAAAAGAGGUCGGCCAAGGCUGCGGGAUGAACGAGAGGAGCGAUACGAAGGCAUGGGUUCGGCAUAUUCACACGCUCCUGAGGCCGGCAUGCGACGUCCAUUGCCAUUAUACUCGUCGACUGACGCAGCCAUGGGCACCUCAUUUGGCGAUCCACUUCAAAGGUCGGGAUCGUAUAGAAUUUUGAAGUCUCAAGGCGGUCAAGCAGCGCCCAGAUAUAUGGAUCCUGCAUCGUCGACGGACGCAAAUCUGUUUGGUGGGCCUAUAGUUCCAGCGCCAUUGAUAUUACCAUCGCAAGAACCCCUCUGUGCCUACCUUACCAUGGAGAUGCAGAUUGCGAAAGUUGCUCAGAGCUUCACAGAGGCGGUUGAUUUCCCAGUGCUAGUCACGAAAAAUCUCCAAGACUUGGUCCCUGGAAACGACCGCGAAAGAUUGGUGCGGCUGCAGCGAAUUUUCGAAGACGAACGACGACAGAGGGAACCAAACUACCUUCCGCCGAUCUAUAACUUUCAGGAAGAUAGGGUUAUCCAGUCGGUGGGUUUCGGUCCGGACGAGAUCGGUCAUGUAAGGCUAGAUCACCUAGAGAACCUAACCUUCCAAAGCCCGGACGGACAACAACGGACCUUGCAAGGGCGGUUUGGGCUGUCGAAAAAGGACUCGACAUAUUUCAUUGUCCUGGUGCUUCAUGUACCCACGGCACGGCAUCCAUACCCCCAGACUUCGUUGUCGCCAUAUCUGGCAUAUUCUCGAGAGCCUUAUUCUCGAGAACCACAAUAUGGAUACCAGGCACCGCAACAACCAUAUCCUCAAAGCCAGCAGCCGCCUUCAUUCAUGGCUAACCCGGCGCUUGCGGAUCCUCGGGGAGAUCCGAUGGCAUAUCGGCCACCUGGUCCUCCUGGGCCGAAUAUUCAUCCACCAGCAAGUAUGCCGCCAUUCUCUCAACCGCAGAUCAGGUCCGACUAUGCCCAGAACCAAAAUCCUUAUCAGACUCCCCGGAGCGAGUUACCGAUGGGGCAAGCGCGGCAACAUGAUCUCCAGUUGCCCCCAAUUCGCGAUCAACGGAGUGAGGGGCCUUCGGCGGAGCCUGGGCGCCGAAGAGACGAUCGUCGUAGUCGGGUUGACAUUGGUGGCCUCUUGGAAACCCCCCGUAGCGCCGGGGGCCGAUGA